AAUUGGUCUGGGAGUCUUAUCGUAGCCUCUUUAACUGGUGCUUUUGGGUCGUCUUUUCUUUAUGGUUACAAUCUCUCAGUGGUGAACGCUCCUGCAGUGUAUAUCAAGAGGUUUUACAAUGAAACAUGGGAAAGAAGAUACGGCUUUUCAGUGGAUGAUAGCACACUGACUCUCCUCUGGUCUAUAACUGUUUCUAUUUUUGCCAUUGGUGGCCUUGUGGGUGCCAUUAUUGUUACCCCGAUUGUGAAGUUCUUUGGACGGAAAUGUACUUUGCUGCUCAAUAAUGUGUUUGCAGUGACAGCUGCAUUGUUGAUGUCCCUCUCCUUGUUGGCGGGGUCGUUUGAAAUGCUCAUACUGGGCCGCAUUAUAAUGGGUGUGGAUGCAGGCAUCUCUCUGAGUGCCCUUCCCAUGUAUUUGAGUGAAAUAUCUCCUAAGGAAAUCCGUGGUUCAUUGGGUCAAGUCACAGCGAUUUUCAUCUGUAUUGGUGUUUUCACUGGUCAAGUUUUGGGGCUGCCAGAAAUAUUUGGGCAA